UCUGCCUGAGCCACAAGUGCUGCUUGGAAAGGGCUCAGGUUGUUUCCAGGGGGAGAACUCUGCAGAGAAGAGACAAGUUCAAGAAGACAACAAAGGAGCAGCAGGAACAGCCAGGAAAACCAAGGGCCCUCACUCUUCACCCAGAACGCCCCCAGCAGAGUUCUCGAAUCCGAAAGUAUUCUGCAAAGUGCCACUAGACCAGGACUUUUGGCCUGCCUUUUCCUCUCUGGAACCACCAUGACUGAGAUCACUGCCGAAGGAAAUGCAUCCACCACUACAACUGUUAUCGACAACAAGAAUGGAUCCGUGCCCAAGUCCCCUGGAAAAGUACUGAAGAGGACAGUCACAGAAGACAUUGUGACCACGUUCAGCUCCCCGGCAGCCUGGCUGCUCGUCAUUGCUCUGAUCAUCACGUGGUCAGCUGUUGCCGUUGUGAUGUUUGAUUUAGUGGAUUAUAAAAACUUUUCAGCAAGCUCUAUUUCCAAGAUUGGCUCAGAUCCUCUAAAAUUCGUACAUCAUGCAGUGGAGGAAACUACGGACUGGGUCUAUGGCUUCUUUUCUUUGUUGUCUGACAUCAUCUCGUCUGAGGGUGAUGAAGAAGAAGAUGAUGAUGGGGACGAGGACACUGAUACAGGAGAAAUAGAAGAGCCUCCCUUGAAAAAAAAAGAAAUACGCAAAGAAAAAACUGAAAAAGAGGAGAAACCUGAAAGGAAACUUCAAACUAAAGUUACCCACAGAGAAAAAGACAAAGUAAAAGAAAAAGAAAAACCUGAAAAGAAAGCAACUCACAAAGAAAAAGUUGAGAAAAAAGAAAAACCAGAAACAAAGACAAUGGCAAAAGAAGAGAAGAAAACUAAGACUAAAGAAAAGACUGAAGUAAAGACUAAAAAGGAACCGAAAGGUGGGAAGCAGGAGAAAGUGAAGCAAUCAGCUGUGAAAGGAAAAGAAGUACAGAAAACAUCACCUAAGACCAAAGGGAAGGAUGAGAAAGAGGCCGUAGCUGUGUCCAAGCAUGAACAGAAAGAUCAGUAUGCAUUCUGUCGAUAUAUGAUUGACAUGUUUGUCCAUGGGGAUUUAAAACCAGGACAAAGCCCAGCCAUACCACCUCUGCUACCAACAGAACAAGCUUCCAGAACCACUCCAGCUUCACCUGCUCCUGAAGAAAAAGAAGGGGAAAAGAAGAAAGCUGAGAAGAAAGUGACUUCUGAAACAAAAAAGAAAGAAAAAGAAGAUGGCAAAAAGAAAACUGAGAAGGAAACUGCCAUUGAUAUGAAAAAAAAAGACCCUGGGAAAGCCCCUGAAACCAAACAAGGGACUAUAAAAGUUGCAGCACAAGCAGCAGCUAAAAAAGAUGAAAAGAAGGAAGAUUCCAAGAAAACAAAAACAUCUGCACAAGAACAACCCAAGGGAAAAAAACAGGAAAAGAAAGAAAAACAUACAGAACCAGCAAAGCCACCAAAGAAGGAACAUUCAGCUCCAAGUGAAAAAGAAGUAAAAGCAAAAACUGAUCGAGCCAAGGAAGAGGCUGGUGCUGCCUCCACUAAAAAAGGUGUACCUGGAAAGAAGGAAGAGAAAACAACGAAGGCAGUGGAGCAAGAAAUUAGAAAAGAAAAAUCUGAGAAGACUUCCUCAGUUCUGAAAGAUAAAGAGCCUAUUAAGGGGAAAGAAGUGAAGUUGGCAGCUUCCCUAAAGGAAAAAGAACCUGAAACUAAAAAAGAUGAAAAGCCAUCAAAAGCAGGCAAAGAAGUCAAGCCUAAGCCUCCACAGCCACAAGUAAAAAAAGAAGGGAAGCCAGAGCCACAAGUAAAAAAGGAAACAAAACCAGAACAAGACAUAGUGAAACCAGAAAAGACUGUUUCUCAUGGUAAACCAGAAGAAAAAGGUGUCAAGCAGGUAAAAGCCACCACAAUAGAAAAAACAGUCAAGCCUAAAUCAGCAAAAAAAGCUGAACAUCAAGAAAAAGAAUCUCCACAUAUAAAAACAGAUAAACCAAAACCAACUUUAAAGGAAACAUCAGAAGUCAGAGAAGCAGCAGAAAAACCUGCAAGAGUAUCAAAAGAUUCUGAAGAUGUUCCAGCUUCAAAGAAAGCUGAAGAAGAAGCUGAAGAUGUGUCUUCCACAAAGAAGCAAAAAAGCCCCAUCAGUUUCUUCCAAUGUGUGUACCUGAAUGGUUACAAUGGCUAUGGAUUUCAGUUUCCGGUCACUCCUGCCCAGCGCCCUGCAGAGAGCUCGGCGCCCCCGGGUUCUCCGGCACAGAAGCCACAAGGACAGUAGGCCCCAUGCGCGGCCAGUGCAAGUGCUUUAAGACUGAGAAUAGCAAUUUCCAUUUGUCCACACUGGCACAGUCGACUGAAAUAAAGGAAUUCGGGGAAUUUCUUUGAAACUAUUUUACUGUUCUGCCUGGUGUAGAAAAAUAAAUGGGUGAAAGGAUUGAAUAAUCAGCACACAUGUUGAAAUCUGGCACUCAAAAAUCGGCCAUUCGUGUUUCUUGUUGGCCUGGGUGCUUAUAUGUUUCUACUUCCAUCACCCAGGGUUGUUCACAAAUUAAUGUAAGGUUUACUUAAUAAUGGUCUUUUAAAUGUAAUUGACACCAUUAAACAAUGAAAUUCCUGACAUCAGUUAGGCAGGUAUUUUUACAUGAAAACACAGACUAUGCUUUAAGUUUAAGGAGUACAGGAACUUAUAUAAAAGCUACUCCUUUGCAUCAUGGGUAUCUAAACUCAAUUUACCAAGAAGUUGAUGUGUAAUAGUUUCUCUGUAUUUAUGUCUGUUUCUAUUUUAGUUAUAACUAUGCUCUAAGACCGGGUUACAGUUGCACCAAAGAGUACUAUCAGUUUCUUGUGACGCUCUUUUCGAGCUCAGAAUAUCUCUGAAGUUUAGACACGACAAGAAGGAAUAUAGAUGUUUGAUAAAUCUUUAUCUCUAAGAUUGUAAUUAGGACAUUCUUUAUCUUGAAUUGUAUUUAGGACUUUCACUCUAGUGGAAAUACAGGCAGGUCUGGUGAAUGAUUUGUGUAAAAUACAAGCAAAUGAGACGUAGAAUUUUCAGAUUUCUCCAGACUGUGCUCUAAUGAAAAAUAUCACCUGGGUGAAAUUUUACAUCAAUCACUACAUUUGGAUGACAGAUGCAAAAGUCUUUUCAUUGCACUUUAAUAGGAUCCUUCUGUGGAGUUAAAUAGCUUUCCUUUCUCCAGAAGGAAAACUAUGAAUGUCAUCAAAGUUGAAGGAAUACAUUUUAAACAUAAGUGCCUCAUGAGAUGUCUUACUUGCUUUUUAGGGGAUUGGUUAUCAGUGCCAAUGAAAUGAAUGACAGUCUUUAACUUACUUGACGACACAUCAUUGGGCAUGACUGUUGUGGCUUUGCCAUCUUUUGUCUCCCAGUGAUAUACACAGUUGUGUUCUUUAUCACAUUUUUCUAAUAAUUAUAGAAGUCAUGCUACUGUGAUCUUUUCAUGUUUACAGUUGCAACUCAACUUAUGGCAAAUUAACUCAGGAAAUAAAUUGAGUUAUUUUUUCUAGCAUUCUACUUACCUUAUGGUGAGGGAGCCAGAGCCGAUACUAGCCAAAUGAUUUCUUUUCAAGGACUGCAACUAACUAAGUUCUUUAAUCCCAAGAUUUAGAACACCGUCUUACUAAAAUAUCAUUAGGCUAGGACAUCAAUAACAUCUUCAUUAUUAAUAAUGGAUUUUCAGUGACUUUUGUGAAAGAAGUUGGUCUUGGCCACAUGCUGGUGGACCUAACUCACACCACAAAAGCUGAUUACAAUGAACCAAGAUUAAUGACACUCCUUACGGGGGCCUGGGAAGGUGUACUGUCAGGACUGACCAGAUGGUACCAGCUCACAAAGCCCCUACAUGUAGCAAUAAACACUUGUGGUAGGACAAUGCAUAGAGUUUAUUGCUCAACUGCUCCUCCAGCUUCUCUGAUUUAGUGAGUAAAAGAAAUAGCAAAUAUGAUAGUUUAUUUUAUUUUAUAGAACAUAAUGAUUUGUUCAUUAGUUCUUAUAUUCAAUGACUAUUUUUUUAUUGAGUACUUAGUCUCUCGAGCACUGGGCUGUAUAAGAAAAAUAUCAGAUAUAAAUUCUAUUACCGGUGUUAUCCUGACACAAUGUGUGAACUUGGAAAUUUAUGAAACACACUACUCUUGUUUUCCAAUGUGUAAAGUAAGGAUUUCAGGACAACCAACCUGAUACACAGAUGUACUGUGGACACUGAUAAAAUAUCUUAUAAUGAAUAUGACAUCAAAAUUAAUUUCUAAAAUAAUAUUUUGGAUGUUUUCUCUUUGAGUGAAAUGAGCUUUUCUACAUUAUAUUAUUGUUUCUUUCACUUUCAUUAUGAGAACUAUUUGAUAAAAGUAAAAUAUGAUAACUUAUUGCAACUAGAAUUUAGACAAACCAAUUAGGAUUAAUUGUUAAUAAUAACUGUUAAGGCUUAUCUGCUUAGAGUUACAAUGAUGAUAGCACUUGAAAAAUAUUCACUAAAUUCUCAUCUGUUUGUAUGGUUCCACCCAAUAAACUAUUAUUGGUUCUUUCAA